AUGCCUCUCCCCCGACGGCUCCGUGCCCUUCAAAAGCACCAGCGGUACAAGGAUCGUGAAAAUCGUCGGCUCCGUAACUCACAAAAGUUCCGAAUCGAAGGCAUAUUGCUUCUCAGCUCACUAGUCUUCACAAUUGCUUUGCUCUGCUACGCGGAGCCGAUUCUCCGGGAGGCCCAUCUUGCUCAGUUGAAAGCGGAUCGGGAAAACUCAACUCAUAGAGAGGAGCCAUAA